GUAAAAUAAAUAUCCCACAAUGCAACGGCUACACAACAUACUUCCGCCGAAGACUGCUCAGCAAAAAAAGAGGUUUCUAAGCCUGCUCAUUUCAAGUUAAACGACGGGAUUUAGUGUUGUCAACAUUCUCAUUUCACUAUGUUCCAGACCAGAUCAGAAUAUGACAGGGGAGUCAACACGUUCUCUCCUGAGGGACGUCUUUUUCAAGUGGAAUAUGCAAUAGAAGCUAUUAAGCUUGGAUCUACAGCUAUUGGAAUCAGGACCAGUGAGGGCAUUGUGUUAGCUGUUGAGAGAGGAGUGACAUCACCUCUGAUGGAAGCCACAAGUAUCGAGAAGAUCGUGGAGAUUGACAGCCACAUUGGUUGUGCCAUGAGCGGUCUUAUAGCAGAUUCUCGGACUAUGAUUGACAGGGCAAGAGUUGAAGCACAGAGUCACUGGUUUACGUACAAUGAGAAGAUGUCUGUAGAGAGUGUAACUCAAGCUGUAUCUAACCUUGCUCUACAGUUUGGUGAUGAUGAGGCAGGAGUAGGGGCAAUGAGUCGACCUUUUGGAGUAGCCUUAUUGUUUGCGGGUAUCGAUCAGAAAGGACCUGUUUUAUAUCACAUGGAUCCUUCUGGUACAUUCCUUCAGUUUGAUGCCAAAGCUAUUGGAUCAGGGUCAGAAGGUGCUCAAUCACAAUUACAAGAACUCUAUCACAAGUCAAUGACAUUGAAAGAGGCAUGCAAGGAAUCACUGGUUGUACUCAAACAGGUCAUGGAGGAAAAACUUAGCUCAACAAAUGUAGAGGUAGCAACCAUCACACCACAGAAGAAUUUCCAGAUGUUCUCAAAAGAAGACAUUGAGGCAAUCAUAGCAGAGAUGUAGAAAACAACAGUUAAUAUCUGUAUUCCUUUGUUACUUGUUGUAUUUUGCAUCCCACAACUCCAACAGAUUACUAAAACAAAGUCACCAGUUCCUCUGCAGAUGGAAAUUUGUUCAACCAGUUACUGAAUGAAUUUACGUUUUCUUGAACUGCUUUGUUCUAACAUUUAUGCCAUUGGACACAACUAGGAAGUGUUUCUUGUUCCUGUGAAGUUUACACAGUUUUUUCUUUAUUUCAUGAUGAAUCACACGCUGGAAAGAUUUAUAUUUAUAUCGAUUUCAUACAAAUAUGGAUGAAUAUACAUGUAGUUGUUAUUGAUCAGUGCCGACCGCACAGUGACGUCGUUAGCCUGACAGAGCGCUAACAGUAAGCCCAGUCACAUCUUUCAGAUUGUGAAGUCAAAACAUUCAUUUCAAUGUGUCAGUAAUGAAUUGUUGUAACAUUGGGCAUCGCUGCCACAUUACCAGUUGUAACACAAUGCGCUAAAAUAUUUCUGUGCAGUCAGUACAGGUUUUCAGUAGACUAUCCAACAUGGUAUCUUUGAAGUAGCAUUAUUGAUUUUAACCCCUUCAAAAUGACUAUUGUAAUGGUUUCCCCUAGUGGUUCCAUUCGCUCCGAUAAAAAAUUUUGCACAUUAAACCAAACAUAAAAUUCAACCUCCAUAACUAAAUAACCCCCAAUCAUUAUCUUGGAAUUAUUCUGAACCAAAAUCUCUGUUACUAUCCUAUCUCUAACCCUAUGCUCUCUGGGAUAUCUAGACCUGAGCAAACUUUGCAGGAUCAAUGUCAAGUCACCCCCCUACCAACAGUCAGGUUGUUAUGGUACAUAAUGAAUAAGAAUUCAACAAUGGCACUACCACAAAAUGGCAUAAUUUCAACCUAUUGGUAAAUGUGUUUAUUGUAAAAUGAAUAGUACAUUGACACACAUUCUGGGUAUGUGAAAAGAUAUUGAUUUGUCUUUGAAUUUAUACCAAAUAUUAAGAGUAGGCUUUAGAUUUAGCAAGGUGGCACAUGACGCAGGAUAUUCUCUACACCAAUGCUGUGCUCUCCUAUGCGCCGUAGGACUUGUUCCCCUGAAACUGAAAAUUUUGUGUCCAUCUUUCUAAAAACCUUAGAAUACUGUUAAUAUUGUGGAAGCACCGUGGUGUAGCGGUUCUGACUCUCGCCUUGUAAUCAGAGGGUCGUGUGUUCGAAUCUCACCAUGGCCUAUCGUCCUUUGGCAAGGCGUCAAUCCACACUUUGCCACUCUCACCCAGGUGCUAAUUGGGUACCAGUAGAAAACAACAGUCAUUGUGGUUGAAUUAGUAAGUGUGCGCAUAACAGACUGCUUGAAAUGCUAUUAAUCCAUUGACCAGGUAAUAAUAAUUGUGAAAUACUUUAAGCAGUCGUAGAUUGAUAAAGUGCUAUAUUAAUGCCAAUUAUUAUUAUCACUAUACUUAAUCAAUUUGACUCCGGAUGCAACAUGUUCACCUUUGAAAUUGGAAUCUAAAAUGGCACAAGUCACAUAUUUGCAAUAAGUCCUUUCCUUUACAAAUAUCAUAUUUCUAUUAUCAAAUAUUCAAAUAUAUUUCAUAAGAACUAUUGGAUCUGAUUUUCUAAUGAAAUGUUGACUAAGUAUAGGAACCCUUGUCGGUGUAUUGCAUCGUUUUACAAUAACUUCAAAGUUUUUAAAACUGUAGAGCCCAACUGCUUGGAAUGUCUAUCUCAGUCGAAGGUACUCUGUAUGGAGUUGUGGAAAAUAAUCUUUUCCUGUACAUAUUAUUUUCAUACGGCAACAUUUCUUUGUUAAACUAUGAUUGUUAGUUUGUUCAAGUACAUGUAGAAUGAUUAUGUGUAACAUUAAAAUUAUCAUUAAA